AUGCAAGGAGAUGCGUCCUUUCAGUACACUCACCUCGAGAUCAACUCUCAGCUGUGGACGUUCAAGGACCAGAAGGAUGAGGUCAACAUCUGCGUCGACCCCCUCGUUGGCCAGUUGGACUUCGGCCUUCCUAGUUCCGUGUACUGUGCGAAGCAGCGAGUUCUCAAGGACCCACAGGAAACCUUGCAGAAGAUCGUUGAGGCUAAGCCUCGAAUCAUCCUGAUCACACAAUCUUUGGAUGAUCACACGCAUCCACCAACCCUGAGCGCGUUGAGGAGGAUGCUGCCGAUGGACUCGUACACAAUUGUUGCUCCACCGAGCGCAAAGAACAAGCUUGGCCAGAUUUUCCCCGAGAGAGUGAUAAGGAUUCUCAGGCCAGGAGAGACGGCGAGCAUCGAAGGCGUCGAGCUCGCAGCGACGUCAGGGUCUCUUGUUGGGCCUCCAUGGCAGGACCCGGAGAACGGUUACAUCGCAACCUGGCGUGGGUUUAGCGUCUACUACGAGCCGCACAACGACGUGGAUGUUCAACAGAAGCUACGAGGGAGGAGAGCAAACGUCGUCAUCGCCCCCGUCGUCGAGCAGGCCCUUCCCCUUUUCACCCUCGUGCAUGGAGCGCAGAGGGCCAUCGACCUGGCCGCGCACAUGGGGGCCUCCACCCUGAUCCCCCUCCGCAACGGCGACGUUGACUCCUCAGGGGUUGCGAGUGCCCUUGUGCAGGAGUCCGGAUCUGUGCAGGAGGCGGUCAAGAUUGCGAGAGACGUCAAGGUGAUUGACAAUGCUCCCGGACAGCCUGUGACCAUCGACAUCGAUCUCGCUGGCCGCGCAAUGAACCCUGUCUAG